AUGAUGUUGAAAUUCCAAAACCUCAAUGCCCAAUGCACUAAACCAAAAAAUGGGGCGACAAGCGCGGUGGCGGGUGCGGCUGUGGGGGUGCCCUUAUCUUGGGAGCCAUUCUACUGCGUCUUGCAGCAGGAUCGACGCAUCCUCACCGCAUAUACCAGUGAAGAGCUUGCUGUAUCAUUAGAGAGGUACAACAAGGACGUGGUGACUUGGUAUCAAGUGGCGUACGUACGUCACGCAUCAGAUAUUCUCCGUUCACAUGUCGCGAAGUGGCGAUGUCAUGCCGAGGGUAAUGAGAAAUAUCGCGAGGUUCGGAUUCUUCCGUUCGUAGGUACUGAGAGCAAUAAUAACGGAGAAUACUCAUCGAGAAGUCUUCCUCGUGUAAGGCUCGACAACGGUGCUAACGUUGGCACGGCUGGUGUUCGACUCCGCUGUUGGGCUGCACCGCCAUCGAUAACAGAAGAAGACGUUGAAGAAGAAAUCGAAGAAGAUGCAGUAUCACUACGGGCAAUGCCUGCUCAAGGUUCGUAA